ACGCGGUUGUCUUUUAGUUUCCUUCGUUUUCAAUUCUUCGCUUCCUUUUUAACCACCAAGACCUAAAAUGGCUGACUACUGGAAGUCACAACCGAGGAAAUUCUGUCAGUACUGCAAGUGUUGGAUCGCAGACAAUAAGCCUAGUGUCGAGUUCCAUGAAAGAGGGAAGAAUCACAAAGAAAAUGUGGCUGCCAAAAUUACUGAGAUUAAGAAGAAGAGUAUUGAAAAGGCGAAGCAGGAGCAACGUAUGUCUAAAGAGUUUGCAGCGAUGGAGGAGGCUGCACUGAAGGCAUAUCAGGAGGAUCUGAAGAGGAUGGAAAUAGAGUCAGGAUCAGGUUCACAAGCCCAAACGACAGCACAGCCACAACCUCAGGCACAACCGCAGGCACAACCGCAGACCAAAAAACCACAAAAGAAAAAAGGAAAACCCAACAAGUCGCCCAGACAACAAACAGAAGUGCCAAUGUGGAUUGAGGGAAAAACGGAUGAUGGAAAUACAUACUAUUACAACACAUUAACUGGAGACUCUCAGUGGGAAAAACCAGACUGUUUGAAGGAUGAAAGCUCCGACUUUGCACAGCCUGCACAGACUGAGAGCUCCUCCUGCAGUGCCUGGAUGGAAGGUGUCAGUCCUGAUGGUCAUAUAUAUUACUACAACACAGAGACAGGAGAGUCCAGCUGGGACAGGCCAGCAGACUUUCCCUCUAAUGAGGAGUCUGGAUCCAGCAAAAAGGGUCAGGAGGAGCCAUUGACCCCUCAACCGGAGCCACUCUCUGGAGAAGAGGAGAGCUCCAAUGGGGCGGCAACUCUGGCAACUCAGGAGGCUGAAGUCACUGAAGAAUCCAGCCAGCAGCCUAAAGUCCCAAAAAUCAACUUCAGGAAAAGGAAAGCAGAGCCCGAGCCCUCAGAACAGCAGGGAGAGGAUAAAGCUAGCGGUGAUGAUCGUGAAGAGGAUGCUGAAGAGACAAAAAAAGAGGAAGAGGUCCAAAGCACAACAACUGAGCCUAAAGAGGAAAAGGAGACACAAGUCAAGAGGAAGAAAGUAGUUAACCCAUAUGGGACAUGGGAAAAGAUCCAGCAGGAGGAGGAUCCAUAUGCCAGCGUGGACUUACAGUUGCCCCAGGUGGAGGGAGGUGCAGCCAUCGCUCCAGCUGAGCUGCCACCAGAGCCCAAACCCAAGUUCAAGGAGCGCAUCAUCACCUCCCUCGGAGAUGAAGGUGGACCCGCUUCAUUCAGGAAAAACAAGGCACAGAACAACAAAUCCAGGAGCCUCCGACAGAGAGACAAUGACGACUGACUCAAAAACAUACUGACUUCAUACUUCUGCAGGAAGAUUUACACAAGUAAAUACUCAUUUUUGACAAUUAGAUGUAUCAUUUUCAUCAUUGUCUAUUAAGAUUUUGUUGACAAAGAUGACCAGCCUUUUUUUUUUAAAUCAUAUUUGGACAAAUUGGACUGACAAACUUGAAAGACAACGUAAUCAAAUCGAAUGCUGUUUUUUCCUGGAAACCCAAACCUAUUUUUUUAAAAUCCUUAAAUUGUCUGGCAUUGGAAUUAAUUAAUUUUCCUUUGUACAGAAGUCUAUCACAAUAAAGGUGUGCCAGUUUUAUACAGAAUAGGUAGUAAGUAUACAAUAUUCAGCUUGUCAGCUUCCCGGUGUGUACAUUUAUACAUGUGUCUAUAGAGAACAAUUCAAAUAACUUUUUGUAUUGUCCAUAUCUGUAUUUUUUUUUACCAGUGUGCGCUAGUAAAAGCCAGUGGGGCAUCUGUGUGGA